AUCCGUGGGGAGACAGACGUGAAGGAUUGGCCAGCACAGAGAGCAGCUCUGAGGCUGUUCUGUAAACAGAGCAGUGUUGCAAAGCUGAGCUGCCUCAGAAGGGACGACACUGCUGGGUCUGAGUGGCUGUGACUGCAGCUGAGAGCAGUGACACCACCACACACUGCUCCCAUCUCUGCUGCACGGUGAGGGCGAGGACUCCAGAGAGAGGGGAAACAGCUCCUGCUCUUUAUCCUCACUGCUCACCUCAUUUGGAUGAGCCUUGAGCAGGAAUAUUUGCUUGGGUACAAGGUGAAGAGCAUGGAAAGGUGAAGACAAGGAACUGCCUGUGAGUGCCUAAGCCUGAUAUCCUGAACGCCCAGCUGAGCUCAAAGGUGGAGUGGGAUACUAAAGUCCCUGAGCAGCCCAUCCCAGCUGCCACAGCAACCCUUUGGGACCUCUUGGGAUCGUAAUCCUAGGAAAAACAACAACCAAUUCAGUAGGAUUCUGGAUUCUAAACCAAAAUAAAAACUACUGCCAAACUUCCAGCAGCCUGAUCUGCUUUGGGACUGAGGCUGGGACGCUGCUGGAAAAGCAUCUGAAGGAAGCAAACUGUGCUGAGCAGGUCCUGGGGAAGCAGCGGGCCCAAAGGGACCUUUCCUUCCCUGCUCCACGAUGAUCUCUGGUUAAGGGCUCCUGGCCACGUGUGGAAGAGGCAGAAGAAGCCUUUGCAAAUUCCUUCCCAGCUCUGUUAGACCAAAAGCAAGGAAACCCUUUUGGAUAAGAGCGUGGGUUGGUGCAUCUCCUUGAAGAAUGUCUGGCCAGGAUCCUGAGGACUUUGGAGCAGAAAUCCUCUCGGAAAGGUCUCGGAUGAUCCCUGGGCUCCCCCCGUAUGACAUGGAUGACCAGCUCCUUCCCAGGGAGCCGCGCAGCCCCUGGUGCUGCCUGGCGUGGAGCCUGGUGAUAGGAACCAUGAACUCCCUGGUCUUUCUCCUUAACUUGCUCCUGAUGUUUGUUAUUUUCACCAUUGUGCUGCUUCCUACCAUUGUGGUGGUUUACUUUGGCUUCCAGUGCCACUCCCAGGUGCUGCACUCCUCUGCCCGCUACUGCAAGAGCAUCUUGGACGACAACAGCUCCUCUGCCCUCAUCAUCCUGGGCUUUGUCAUCAUGUCCCCGCUGCUGGUGGUGGCCAUGGCCAUCUACUGCAGCCUGGCACGGCGCCUGCGGCUGCUCAUGUGCUUCCAGCCCUACAGCCUGGCUGUCUACAAGGGGGGCCGCUGGUGCCACCCUGGGGAGGGGGCUCCGUGCUGUGCCAGGGGCUGCAACACCCAGCUCAAGGCCUGGGUGUGACCCUGCAGCACCUCCCUGUCCCUCAUCCUCAGCCCUGCCGCGGCUCUGCCGCUGCUGCUCAGCCAGGUCAGCCUCUGAUUUAUCCCAAAAACUGCCGCAGAGUGAAAGCACAGCGUGGGACAGGUGUGGGGAGGGUGUGGCAGCUUCGUCCUUCCCAAUGCUCUCUGGUGGUGUUUGUUGGUGUUGUUCCUGUCUGUGUGCUGCUCGUCGCUGGAUGCUGUCGCCCUGUGUCCCCAGUUUUCAUUAGGAACCAUUCCCAGUUUUCUGUAGAAAUAAAGUUCCUGCCAAAUCCC